AGGAGUACUCUGGAGAGAAGGGUACAGUGUCUGAUGGCUCUGUCUAUCUCCGAGGAGGAGGAGGAGGAGGAGGGUACUUUCUCCCCGGCAGAGCUGGCUGAGUCCCUGUUGUCUUUAAAACCGCAUCAAGUGAUGGUGAUUAGUUCCGUGGUGUUGAACCAGAUAGUGGUGGGACUUGCGGUGUCCUACCUGAGCGUCCUGAUGUGUGGCAUCGGUGUCCUGAUGGCGUGGUGUGGCUUCUCUCCCCUCCGCCAACUGCCCACCUUCCACUGGGUGUGCGCCGAGUUGGCGCUCCACAUAUCUCUCACAGAGUUUUGCACAGCCGCUUGUUUUCUAAGCACAUUCACAAGCAGCACCACGAGUGGAUGGAUCCAAUCUCAGUUACCGCCAUCUACUGUCAUCCCAUCGAGCACACAUUCAGCAAUCUGUUGCCGCCCUUCCUCGGGGUAAGCUCCAGCAUAGAUACACAACAUAUCCCAUGGUGUUGUGUAUCAAGUUCAGAUGAUACUGUAUCAUGUGUAGUGAUACUGUAUCAUUCAUGGUGAUACCAUUGAGAAAACAUAGCAUAAGAAGAUAUCCCAUGGUGUUGUGUAUAAAUUUGGGAUGAUACUGUAUCAUGUGUGGUGUUACUGUAUCCAAAAUGUGGUGAUACCAUACAGAAAAUGAUAUAGCUUAAGAAGAUAUCCCAUGGUGUUGUGUAUCAAUUUGGGAUGAUACUGUAUCAUGUGUAGUGAUACUGUAUCAUUCAUGGUGAUACCAUUGAGAAAACAUAGCAUAAGAAGAUAUCCCAUGGUGUUGUGUAUAAAUUUGGGAUGAUACUGUAUCAUGUGUGGUGAUACUGUAUCCAAAAUGUGGUGAUACCAUACAGAAAAUGAUAUAGCUUAAGAAGAUAUCCCAUGGUGUUGUGUAUCAAUUUGGGAUGAUACUGUAUCAUGUGUGGUAAUACUGUAUCAUUCAUGGUGAUACCAUAGAGAAAAUAUAGCAUAAGAAGAUAUCCC